AUAUAAAAUGAAUUUAGAAUGUGUAUUUGGGUUAUUCGCCACUUUCCGUCUGACGGGACGUAGAUGGGAUCGUUCGGAAUUUUCGUGUGAUACGCGCUCCUUCCAGAUAAUGUCGGUAAUUCAAGUAAUUUGGUGUCUAGUAACUUCGCUGCUCGUUUUAAAUUCUGUUGCGGGCGACGCUCCUCAGAAAAACUCAUGGAAGGAUCUACUAUUCGGGAGAGGAUGGGGCUUUGGACGUGAAGCCAGAUUUCUGCCGCUCUUCACGGUGUUACAAAUUGGACCAGGAUCAUGCCUCGCUCCAACCGGCGAGAUGGGUAACUGUCUACCUAACAAUGACUGUGUUUUGCGAGGUGGUAUUCCUGCUGGACCAUGUGCCGGGGGAUACGGGCAUUGUUGCUUAUUUAUGCAAUCCUGUGGCGGGAUUAUUAGAGAAAAUGGAACCUAUUUCGUAAAUCCAAAUCACCCAGAACCAUAUGACGAUACAGGUAAUUGUCAAGUGACUGUCAUGAAACUUCAUCCAGAUAUUUGUCAGAUACGAUUAGAUCUCGAAGUACUAACAAUCUCUGGUCCGGAGCCACUCAAUCAUAUUUGCAAUGCGGACCAACUUUUAGUAUCUGGUGGUAGUCCUGUUCCAACAAUUUGUGGUACUUCGACAGGGGACCAUAUGUACAUUGAUGCCGGCUUGGGACAAAGCAACCCAAUAGUCAUUUCUGUGAUUACGAGUGGAGUAUCCUUUCCACGCAAUUGGCGAAUACGAGUUUCACAAAUUCUCUGCGGAAGUAUCUCUCGAGCAGACCCUGGCUGUCUUCAAUAUUAUACAGGAAUCAGUGGGAAAGUUAAGAGUUUCAACUAUAACACAGCGACUGGCAGACAAUUAUCUAAUCAGGACUACAGUAUAUGCAUACGAACUGAGAGGAAUUUCUGCAGCAUUCAAUACACCGCAUGUACUGAUACAGAUAAUGAUCGUUCAAGAUCAUUCACCCUAUCUGGAAAUUCUAACACGGCUGUAAUGGCCAUGGUUGGAAGUGGUGCCUCUGGGCAGCCGAACUCCUGUCCAAACGAUUGGCUUCUUAUAGGAUGCAUGAGGGUGGCGGACAGAGUACCAGUCUCAACUGCAUGUGAAGAUCGUGUCUGCGGUGGAACUUUUAAUGCAGAAGUCAGUAGUGUAUCCCGGACCGUAACAACGACCGUGAGGCCGUUUAGAUUGUAUUUCCACACAGACGGUGUAGAAUCUCCGAUCGAUGUCGACAAUAGAGGAUUUUGCCUGGAUUACGUUCAACAGCCUUGCACCAACGGAUAGGGUCUUGAUGUGAUCGAAGUGU